AUGUCCGCUGACGCUUUAAACCGCUGUGAAGUCAUCGGUCAGCUCAGGAGGGAGCUGUAUGGAGACCCACUGUUGGCUCCCAAGACGCACAUUUUCAUCAUAUUUGGAGCUUCAGGUGAUCUUGCAAAAAGGAAAAUCUACCCAACACUUUGGUGGCUGUAUAGAGAUGGCCUGCUCCCAAAUGAGACGUACUUUGUGGGGUUUGCUCGCUCCAACCUUACUGUCCAGGACAUCAGGACAGCAUGUCUGCCCCAUAUGAAAACCGCUGAGGAAGAGAGCCACUGCCUCGAUGUCUUUUUCAGUAAAAACUCUUACAUCAGUGGGAUUUAUGACGAUGCCACCUCUUUUAACAAACUACAUGUCCAUUUAUCAUCUCUCCCGGAUGGAGCUGAUGCAAACCGGCUCUUCUACCUGGCCCUGCCCCCCACAGUGUACCAGAGUGUAACCACAAACAUCAGCGCACACUGCAUCAGCCACAAGGGUUGGAACAGGGUCAUAGUGGAGAAGCCGUUUGGUCGGGACCUCCAGAGUUCACAGGAGCUCUCCUCGCACCUCUCCUCACUCUUUAAAGAAGAACAAAUCUAUCGCAUCGACCACUACCUGGGGAAGGAGAUGGUGCAGAACCUCAUGGUGCUAAGGUUUGGAAAUCGCAUAUUCGGGCCAAUCUGGAACCGGAACAGUGUGUCUUGUGUGGUCCUCACUUUCAAGGAGCCGUUUGGUACACAGGGUCGUGGAGGCUACUUCGACGACUUUGGGAUUCUUCGUGACGUAAUGCAGAAUCAUUUGCUUCAGAUUUUAUGUUUGGUUGCUAUGGAGACACCAGCAUCUACUAACUUUGAUGAUGUACGCGAUGAAAAGGUCAAAGUACUGAAAUGUGUUGCCCCUGCCUCUGCCUCUGAUGUGGUCCUAGGACAGUAUGUUGGGGACCUCAAGGGGGAGGGACAGGCCCGCCGUGGUUACCUGGACGACCCCAGUGUGCCGACUGGAUCAUGCACACCCACAUUUGCGAGCGCAGUGCUCUAUGUUCAGAAUGAGCGGUGGGAUGGCGUGCCCUUUAUUCUGCGCUGUGGUAAAGCCCUGAACGAGAGAAAGGCUGAAGUAAGGCUACAGUUCACUGAUGUGCCAGGAGACAUAUUUGGUGGGAGGUGUCAGCGGAAUGAGCUGGUGAUGCGUGUCCAGCCGGAUGAGGCCAUCUACCUGAAGAUGAUGACCAAGAGGCCAGGAGUUUACUUCAGCCCAGAGGAGACGGAACUGGAUCUCACUUACAAGAGCAGAUACAAGAAUGUGAAGUUGCCAGAUGCUUAUGAGAGACUAAUACUGGAUGUCUUCUGUGGAAACCAGAUGCACUUUGUUCGCAGUGAUGAGUUGCGUGAGGCUUGGAGAAUUUUCACUCCCCUCCUCAAAAAGAUUGAGAAAGAAAAAACUGUCCCUAUACCCUAUGUAUAUGGAAGUCGUGGUCCAACUGAAGCGGAUGAUCUUGCACGAAGGGUUGGAUUUCACUAUGGAGGGACAUACAAGUGGGUGCAGCCCCACAGCACAUGA